AGGCCAGAGACGAAAACGCUCUAGCGUAGGAAGCACUUCCACUUCUUCAGUCUCCGAACUCCUACGAUCCAAACAAACCUCAAAAACUAAGAUCGAAGAUGACUUUCUCCGCUUUUCAUCUUUUGCUGUUGUUGCUAGCUCCGUUGAUCAUCAGUGCACGACCGACAGAACCCAUUGAAUCGGCAUCCAGAGUCGCACGACAGUUGCUGACACCUGUCGCGUACGUGCCAUGGGCCCAACCUGCUUUGGUUCCCGAUAAUCGUUACGGAUACAAUCCACUCACUACACGAAACAAUGUUCCCCUCGACGACCUUGAAUCACGCUUUGGAUUAGCGCUCCUUCUGUUGUUGAUGGGCGGUAUCGAUGAUCGUUUCACGGCGAAUCGCCCGCUAGGCUAUCGUCCAUUCGUUAACAGACCACGGCUAGAAAUCAUACCGCAAUUUUAAGUUAUCGUGCGUGUGCUGCUCGGCUUAUUGUUUCAAUCAAAUGUCAGUGGCUACGCUUAUAUAU